AUGGGGUUUGAACUUCUCACAGACGUUGACGGCCUGGUGCUCCUACCCACGCGCUCCGGAGACUUUGACGAAAAGGGCCACGUGCGGCCAGGAGCGGGCUUUGAGCUGCUGGAGGAGGCAGUGGUAGCCUGGUCACAGAAGAACCAGGAGCCCCGCCCUCUUAACGUGCUGGAGCAUUGGUUCUGUGUGAAGAGCCAACCCCUGUGUCCCGGACAUGACUUUCUUGCCGAAGUACACAGGUCCUACUUGUCGAACUCCUCCUGUGAGUUCGUAAUCUCCUUGUAUUGCGGCAACUGCUAUGCCGCGGAAAAGACGGAGAACAUCCUGGCCCAGGGAGGUGUCAGGUUUCUGCAUAGACAGGGCUCGCAGGGCCCUUUUUAA